AUGUUGAUAUCCGUCUUCAUGAUCUUCACGGUGGACCUUCUGAUGCCGUACCUCAGUCUCGCGGUGGCUGCUCUUCUCAAGUUGAGUAUGGCGGUCCUCAUGCGGAGCCUGGUGUUCCUGAUCGUGCUGGCCCUCAAUGUGUUCUUCCUGCUGAAGAUGGAGCCG